CCACCCAAAAAGGGUAAUUUUACCCAAAAACAGAAAUUUCAAAGUUUCUCCAAAAAGCACAUACAUCCCCAAGAAAACCCUGAAAAUAGGGAGAACAAAGAAAUUAGAAAAGGAAAAAGAAAGGAAAAAAAAAAUGAAACCCAUCAAUUCCUCUCUCUUCUCUCUCAUCCUCCUCCUUUCGUCGGCAAUGCUCCUCAAAGAAUCCGUCGGCAUUGGAGUCAACUGGGGACAAAUGGCGACCCAUCGCCUCCCUCCAAAAACUGUAGCUCAAAUGCUCGUCGAUAACGGGUUCAACAAGGUGAAGCUUUUCGACGCCGACCCGAAAACUCUCCAAGCUCUCGCUGGCACUGGGAUUGAAGUGAUGGUCGCCAUUCCCAAUUUCAUGCUGCAGGAGCUCAGUGAAGACCCUCAGGCUGCUGUUGAGUGGGUUGCAGAGAAUGUCACUGCAUAUCUCUACGAUGGCGGUGUUAAUAUCAAGUACGUAGCGGUCGGCAACGAGCCAUUCCUCGCAACGUAUCACGGCUCCUUCACACACACAACCCUCCCUGCUCUCAAAAACAUCCAAUCCGCCCUCUCCUCCUCCCCCCUCUCCUCCCACAUCAAGGCCACCGUCCCGUUCAAUGCCGACAUCUACUUCUCGUCCGACUCAUCGCUCCCCUCCCUUGGCGACUUCCGCCCCGACAUCCGCAACCUCACCCUCGACCUCCUCCUCCACCUCCACCUCCACCGCUCCCCCUUCCUCGUCAACAUCUACCCCUUCCUCUCCCUCGCCUCCGACUCCCACUUCCCCCUCCCCUUCGCCUUCUUCGACAACAGAACCGCGAAACCCCUCCUCGACGGGAAGGCCACGUACUCCAAUGUCUUUGACGCCAACUUUGACACUCUGGUGUGGGCACUGUCGAACGCGGGGUACCCCGAUAUGCCCAUCGUCAUAGGCGAGAUUGGAUGGCCUACUGAUGGUGGCAUGCACGCAAACGUCGAGCUUGCCAGAGAGUUCAACCAGGGUCUCAUUAACCAUGUGUUGAGUGGACAGGGAACUCCGAUGAGGAGAGGGGCGAACAUCGAGGUUUACAUGUUCAGUUUGUUCGAUGAGGACGCGAAGAGUAUCGAGCCUGGGAACUUCGAGCGGCAUUGGGGGAUUUUUGAGUACGAUGGCAAGCCGAAAUACGAACUUGACAUAUCGGGUAGAGGGAAGAGGAGGUAUCUCGUUGGGGCAAGAGGGGUGGAGUAUAUGGAGAGGAGAUGGUGUGUGAUGAGAGAAGGGAAGGUGGAGGAGUGGGAGGUGAAGGAGGGGGUCGAGCAUGCUUGCGGGCAAGUGGAUUGUACGGCAUUGGGGUACGGUUCAUCAUGCAAUCACUUGGGGGCGAGGGGGAACGCAUCAUACGCGUUCAAUAUGUAUUAUCAAGUGAGGGGACAGGGGGACGAGGACUGUGAUUUUGAGGGGCUAGGGGUGGUGACGGAGGUGGAUCCGAGUGAUGGGAGGUGCCGGUUUCCGGUGAUGAUCGCUUAUGGAAGAGCAGCAGUGACGGCAGUGAAGAGGGGAGCAGUGGUGGUGGUGGCCAUUGUGUAAAUGAAGGAAGCUGAGGUUUGGUACUGUGAUUUUUAUCACACAGAGAAUUGAGUGGAUACUUGAUCAAUUUGUAGUGUGAUUUUUAUCAUACUGUAGAGAAAUGAAUGGAUAUUUGAUCACCUUGUUAAACUGACAGGUUUUCUAAUGAAAAAAA